AUCAAGCAGCGAUGGCGUGUUCAAGCACAAAGUAUGCAAAUAUGACCAUCAAAGACCUUAAAGAUGAAUUAAAAAAAAGAAAUGCGCGACUUUCUGGUCGUAAAAAAGAAUUAGUUGAAAGACUAAUUGCCUAUGAUAGAAACCAGAAUUUUGGACAAACAGAAGAUUUAGAGCCCGAAUAUAAGAUGACCUUACCUGACCCAUUAUCGUACUUUGAUGUAAAUGCCGACUCUACGUUUUCUGGUACUACACUUGAGAAACUGACAAGUUACCUGGCCAAAUUUGAUAAGCAAUUGGACAAUAAAGUAAAGCGGUUAUAUAAUGAACGAACAAUUCGGUAUUUCAAAAUAUCCUAUGAUAAUGAUUUAACUUACGUUGCCUCUAGUUGCUAUGCUGAGUACAGGAAAGGAAUUUCAUACGAGAUUGAUUUGUUACUUGACAAAAAUGGGUCUAUAGUUGAGGCCCAGUGCGAGUGUCCUGCAGGGGAGGGACCUAGUGCUCACUGCAAGCAUGUAUGCGCUGUGAUAUAUGCCUCUAUCAUGUUCAGAGUUCAGAAACAUAAAGGUUGAAGAGACAUGUACACAAAAACUGCAGAGUUUUCACAAGUGCAAGAGGUUCCUCGGUAGUCCAAUAAAGUCACAAAACAUCAGCAUGCCAGGUGCAGACGAGUUUACCAAUAUGGACUUUGAUCCAAGACCAGAUCACCUUAGAAAUGCUCCCAGCUACAAUGACUAUUUUAGAAACCUUUGUUUAAAUUUUUCAGGCAUAUCCAAUAUGCCUAUAUUUCAGCUCUUUGAACCUGCUAAUGCGUAUGCUGUUGCACAUGACCAUGAUUAUUUGAAGCUUACACCUCAAGAUAACUUUCUUGAAAGAAUUGGCCUACUUAAUAUUACCCAGGAAAGAAUUAAUGCUAUAGAAGAAAGAACUAGGGGUCAGGCAAAUAACUCGACAUGGAAAAAUGAAAGAACAUUGCGGUUACCAUCAUCAAUGUAUGGAAGAAUUUGCAAAGCUACGGAGCGCACGGAUAUGAUAAAGCUGGCCAAUUCUUUAACAGUUGUGUCAGAGAUUAAAGCAGCCCCUUUGGAACAUGGUAGAAGACACGAGAAUACUGCUUUACAGAGAUACAUGGAAGAUACUGGACUCAAAGUCAAUCCUUGUGGACUUUUUGUGUCAUUUGAUUUCCCACACUUAUCUUCGUCGCCAGAUGGGAUUGUUUCAAAUAAUUUAAUUGUUGAAGUGAAGUGUCCCUAUACAUCUAGAGAUAAACCAAUUAAUGUUAAAACUGUGCCAUAUCUUAAGAAUGAUGAAAAUGAAACAUACUUCUUGGAUGAUAAACAUGACUACUUUUAUCAAAUUCAGGGCCAAAUGCUAUGUACUGGAGCAAAAGAAUGUACACUCAUUGUCUGUCAUGCUGACAAUUUGAAAAUCAAUGACAUAAAAUAUGUAUCAGUUUCCAGAGAUGAAGCUUUUAUUUUGGACAUGAUUGACAAGUUAAACAACUUCUAUUAUGUGUAUUUCAAACCUGCAUUACUUGACAAACAUUUUUACAGACCAUUCAAUAAGUAAACUUAUUACAUAUAUUAAACUGCUAUCUGAAUUUGUGAUUUUUUAAAUUAUACAAAACAUUGCUUCUCAAGAUGUUAUGAGCAAAAUGUAUUAUAGUAUUUGAAAACUUGA